UGAGGGUAGAACAAAAUUUGCGGGUUCCCUAUCCGUCUUGAUAUUGUAGCCGGUCCUUAAAAUCCCACCGGAGUGAUGUGCUAGGUUGGAGCCAGCCCUGCCUUGCCCUCUUAUUAAACGAUUGUUGGAGAUCCACCAUGGGAUUAAAAAAUGAAAUUUAAAUAAUUAAGGUUCUACUUGAGGACUUUGAUAAUAGUUUCAUGCGAUUAAGUGUCUAUAUGUAACAAACCUCUUCUCAUCUUCCACUCUCCGUCCUCGACCUCUACGAGACGACGAGACCAUGAACUCCCUCCUUCACCCAAAGCCUAACCCUAACCCUAGCCCCAGUUCCUCUUGGUUCUCUGCCAUAAAAAGAACGACCCUCUGGAACUCGAGGAAUUGGAUCCCCUUCCGGCUCGGGAAGCGCCGGAUCGGCCUCUCCACCUCAAGGAAGGGCGGCCACCCGGUGGUAAGAUCUGCGGUGACGAUCGAGGAGGCGGGGUUCCUGGAGGUGGACAUUCGGAAUCCGGCGAUCUCUACAUCGUACAGGCCGUCCAAUGUUCCGCAGCCCAAUCGAGUGGUGUUGGAAGCGCAGACGAAGGUCUGCACCGGGCCGGAGCAGACGAAGCCGCUCAGCCAGGACCAGGCCGUCGUGGUUCUUGAUACAAUUCUGAGAUCAGCUAAGGGAGAACUUAAAAAUGAAGAAGUUUCCAAAGCGCAACUUGGAGCCUUUUUUGCUGCAAUGACAAUACGAGCAAAUGCUUUUCCAGAGGCCACCCAGUGGAGUGAGGGUGAAAGACAUGCCAUGAGUAUAUUCUGGCCACACCUUGUUCAGGUUCUUCCACCAGAUGUAAUCUUUAUAGCUGAUCCUGAGGGCACAAUCAUGGGAUCAUGUAGUUCAGUUGGGCCUCAUUUUGUUGGCCAUGGAACUGCUGAGAUGAGACUGGUGGGUGCUCUGAGGGAGGUUUUGGCAGGUGGUCACUUAGGUUAUGAGGAGGUUCAGGGUGUCUUAAGAGAUGUCCUUCCAUUGAAUCCCAAGGAUGAUACAUCAGUAAAGGUCAGUGAGUCAUUGCUUGCGGCAUUUCUAAUAGGACAGAGGAUGAAUAGAGAAACUGAUCGUGAGCUCAAAGCAUAUUGUCUAGCAUUUGAUGACGAACUAGGUACCCCUCCUAUUGCUGAUGUUAGAUCCUUGACACACUAUGGUGAACCAUAUGAUGGAAACACGCGUUUUUUUAGGAGUACAUUGUUUGUUGCUGCUGUGAGAGCUUGUUAUGAUGAAUCUUGCUUACUUCAUGGUGUUGAAUGGAUGCCACCUAAGGGAGGAAUAACAGAAGGACAGUUGCUGAAGUUUAUGGGGGCAAAUACCCAUUUAUCUCCUGCACAGGCAAAAACUUUGCUGGAGGAUGAAAAUGUUGGCUUUGCAUAUGUGAGUCAGCAGGAAGCUCGUCCAUCUUUAUAUUCACUGAUUGGGCUCAGGGAGCACAUUAAAAAACGUCCACCAUUGGCAACUUCAGAGAAAGUUCAGCAGUUUGUGAGGGCACGUGGGAGGGAAUCUAUCAUUGCUGGAUUCUAUCAUGAGGGUUAUGAAGAUCUGCUGUUAAUGCUUAUGAGAAGAAGAAAAGUUCAUUCUGGAUUGGUGGUGAAGGGUGAGGAAGGUGCACUCUCAAUGACAACAAAGGUGAGAUCAAUAAAUGCAUCAAAAGGCCUUCCGGUGAACCACUGUUCUGGAUUUCGCUCACCAAGCAAUGCAACUAACUCCGAUGUUGAUGGAAUUUUGCGUGAAAACUUCAGUAUUGAGGUUAAGGCAAAGGAUUAUGGAUUUGAACCCACAGAUACUCCUAGAACCGAUAGAUCGGUUUUAAGAAACAUAGAGUUGGGCUUAGCAGCACUUGGUGGCGAGAAAGGACCAGCAUACGACCGGAUUGUUUUGAAUGCAGGCAUGGUUGAUCACUUGCUAGGCUGCAGUGGAGCUGAGGAUAUUAUGUCAGCUCUGGAUAGGGCUAGAGAAGCCAUUGAUAGUGGCAAAGCUUUGAACAGGCUCAUGAAUUACAUACGGGCCUCACACAAGGUCACAUGAUUUCCGUUCCCAGGGCUAAGCUGCUUUUUGCUUGCGUGUUGUUUCCCUUCCAGACUUCUGUUGUAAACAUCUGUAGAUCUGUGCACAGAACUAAAGUGAAACAUUUAGGAAUUGUCUGAUACCUGCUCUCUGCACAGGACAUAAAGAUAUAAAUAGGAUUAGACGAAAUAAAAGGGUUUAAAAAGUGAAAGAAUUUGUUAUAGAAGCCAUUGUAUAAAAGAGAUUGUUUCUUUUUCUUGUUUUCUUACUUCAGCCACUGUAUCUUCAUGAAGCAUAAUCUGAUGAACAUUCGGUUCUUAAUUUGACCAGCUUUUGGUUGCUUGUUCGUGGUU